UCCUGACCGCAGAUGCCUCCUGGGUGUACAGCCCGCGGUGCUGUUCUGGCCCGAGCUGCGCGAGCGGAGCUGCCCUCGCCCCGCCCUCGGCCGGGCCCGCAGGCAUCCGACGACGUGCUCUUUCAGUGCGCGGCCGGGUCCCGACCGCUGCCCCCAUGGGGAGCAGUUGUCCGCCCCGGGCCCGCCCCCACGGGGCCGAGAACAUGAGGACCGGCGGCGGCCGCGGGGCCGAACAGCUCACAUCGUCCGACAUCUGGCAUCUCGGCACCCGGGCCAGCAUGCUCGUCUCGGUGGUGGCGUGCAGCGGGCGCGAGCUCGCGGCCGUGGAGGCCGACCCGUCGUGGCGGCUGGGCGACCUCCUCGCGGCGGUCCCCGAGCAGGAGAAGGCGGCCGGCCACAAACUACGCAUCCUGUUCGGUGGGGCGGAGCUGUGCGGCGACGCGACGCUGGGCGAGAUCGGGGUCCAGGGCGGCAGCGAGCUGACCCUCGUGGUCAUCAGGAGGCGCCGCAUAGUGACGUGCGCCUGGGCGGUGGCGAAGGUCUGGGACGCCGACUCCGGGGAGUGCCUGCGCACCCUGGAGGGCCACCGGUUCCUCCCCGUGAGGUCCGCCGUGAUCUCGGCGGACGGGCAGCGGGUGCUGACCGCUUCGGAGGACCGGACGGCGAAGAUCUGGGCCGCGGACUCCGGGCAGUGCCUGCGGACGCUGGAGGGCCACUGGCGCCACGUGUGCUCCGCCGUGUUCUCGGCGGACGGGCAGCGGGUGCUGACCGCCUCGUGGGACAUGACGGCGAAGAUCUGGGCCGCGGACUCCGGGGAGUGCCUGCGCACCCUGGCAGGCCACGAGGGCCCCGUGUGCUCCGCCGUGUUCUCGGCGGACGGGCAGCGGGUGCUGACCGCCUCGUGGGAGACGGCGAAGAUCUGGGCCGUGGACUCCGGGGAGUGCCUGCGGACGCUGGCAGGCCACCGGCGCGACGUGACGUCCGCCGUGUUCUCGGCGGACGGGCAGCGGGUGCUGACCGCCUCGGAGGACCGGACGGCGAAGAUCUGGGCCGCGGACUCCGGGGCGUGCCUGCGCACGCUGGAGGGCCACCGGUUCGACGUGUGCUCCGCCGUGUUCUCGGCGGACGGGCAGCGGGUGCUGACCGCCUCGCGGGACAUGACGGCGAAGAUCUGGGCCGCGGACUCCGGGGCGUGCCUGCGCACGCUGGAGGGCCACCGGUUCGACGUGACGUCUGCCGUGUUCUCGGCGGACGGGCAGCGGGUGCUGACCGCCUCGGAGGACGAGACGGCGAAGAUCUGGGCCGCGGACUCCGGGCAGUGCCUGCGGACGCUGGAGGGCCACCGGGACCGCGUGAAUUCCGCCGUGUUCUCGGCGGACGGGCAGCGGGUGCUGACCACCUCGGACGACGGGACGGCGAGGAUCUGGGACGCCGACUCCGGGGAGUGCCUACGCACGCUGGAGGGCGCCGGGGACAGGGCCUGCUUCGCGCCGUGAUCGCCCGAGGGGCUGGCGGCGCCGAGCGGGGGCGCCGGCGGAGGCCUCUCCCCUCCGCCCGCCCUCCCUCUCCCUUUCCCAUCCCUGCUCCCCCUCCGAGAUGCCC